AUGAUCACAAGUUUUUGGGAAAUCGAAGAGAUAGGUUUAGAUAAAGUUUUGAGUGAAAGUGAUAGAUUUUGUGAAGAUCAUUUUACUAAAAAUUUUCAAAGAAUUCAAGAGGGAAAUUUUGUUUCCAUACCGUUUAAAGAGAGUAUUAAGAAAUUAGGAGAUUCUAGGGAGAGGGCUUUGGAAUAUUUUUAUUCCCAGGGAGUUAGGUUAGAAAGGAAGCCAGAGUUAAAAAGGGAAUAUAUUAAGUUCAAGAAUGAAUAUUUAAGCAUGGGUCACAUGACUGAAGUGAAAGAAGGUGAAUUUGAUAAUACUGUUUCAUAUUUUUUGCCGCAUCAUACUAUGGUACGUGACGAAAGUGUGACCACUAAAGUGCGUGUGGUAUUCAACGCUUCAAUGAAAACUAAGUCAGGUCUUUCACUUAAUGACAUUCAAUAUUGUGGUCCUACUCUUCAAGACGAGUUAUUAGCAAUUAUAUUAAGAUUUAGGAAGUAUGAAUAUGUUAUGACCGCGGACGUAUCCGAAUAUGUUAUGACCGCGGACGUAUCCGCGUAA